GUUGCAACUUUACAUAGACUUUUUACUUUAAAAUAACACAAAAAGGCGCACAUUUCCUCUUUUCCAGAAAAGAUAGAGAAAGAAGAAGAAAAACAGUUUUGAAAUUUGAAUAACUCGUUGCAUAUACACUGGUUGAAGAGAGAGAGCAUUGUUUCCUUUUUUUUUUUUUGGUCAAUUUUGUUGCCCUUCACUGGUUUUGAUUCCUAAAUUGUUGCUUGGAUUAUCUGGUUUUGGGGCAAGGCCAUGAAUUUGCAGAGAGCAAUAGCAGCCCCACCAGUUGUGGGGCUUGUUUAUGAUGAGAGGAUGUGUAAGCACUCUGAACCCACUGUCAUGCCUCACCCUGAAAGCUCCAUGAGAAUUAGGGCUAUUUGGGACAAGCUAGGGCAAGCUCGUGUCACUGAAAGAUGUGUUAUUGUUCCUGCCAAGCGUGCGGAGGAUAAGGAUAUAGCAUGUGUUCAUACCAUGAAUCAUCUUAAGUUGAUAAAGAGUAUAGAUUCUCUUUCGGCUAUACCUAGAUCUAGGAUCGCAAGACGAUUCAAUUCGAUAUAUCUCAGUGAGGGCUCAACUGAAGCUGCUUAUCUUGCUGCUGGUUCAGUUCUAGAGGUAGCUGAGAGGGUGGCUAAAGGGGAGUUAAAUUCUGGUGUAGCCAUUGUUAGGCCUCCUGGUCAUCAUGCGGAGCCUGAUGAAGCGAUGGGGUUUUGUCUUUUUAAUAAUAUUGCCAUCGCAGCGCAUUGCCUUGUUCAUGAGAGGCCAGAAUUGGGAAUUCAUAAAAUUCUAAUUGUUGAUUGGGAUGUACACCAUGGAAAUGGUACUCAAAAAAUGUUCUGGAGUGAUUCUCAGGUGUUGUUCUUCUCUGUUCAUAGGUUCGACUCAGGGACCUUCUAUCCAUCUGGAGACCAUGGCUCCCAUACCAUGAUCGGUGAAGGUGCAGGUAUAGGAUUUAACAUAAAUGUUCCUUGGGAGCAUGGAAGGUGUGGAGAUGCAGACUAUCUUGCAGUUUGGGAUCAUAUACUUAUUCCUAUAGCCAGGAGUUAUGAUCCAGAUAUGAUUCUUAUUUCUGGAGGUUUUGAUGCAGCUAUUGGUGAUCCAUUAGGCGGAUGUUGCAUCACACCUUAUGGUUAUUCAAUUAUGACCAAAAAGCUGAUGGAGUUUGCAAAGGGGAAGAUCGUGUUGGCACUUGAAGGAGGAUACAAUCUUGAUUCCUUGGAAAAUUCGGUCCUUGCAUGUGUAGAAACAUUAUUACGACAGGAAAAACCUACUAUCAAGACUCCUGUAUCCCAUCCAUUUAGAUCAACUUGGAGCACUAUACAAAUGGUGCGUAAAAUACUCAGUCCAUUCUGGCCUGUCUUGUCGGAAGAAUUACCACAAGGGUUGUAUGCGAAUAGCAGACCUUAUGUAUUUGAGUUGAGUUCAAGUUCUGAUUCUGAUGCUGAGCACAAGGAAGAGUUCACAGCAAAUUCGACUGAAGCCCCAUCUGGUUCUGUUUCUGAUGACUUUGAUAUUCUGGAGCCUCUUGGUAUGCUGAAAAUUGAUGUUGAUGGCCCUAAGGAUAGGGAUGCUUUGAAGUCUUCAUUAAAGAGGGAGGAAAUUCCUUGUGGACCGAGGCCGUUCCCUGAUCAAAUGGUUAAUGUUUCUGUUCCUUGGAGACCAAAAUAUUCAGAGAUUGACGUCUGGUAUGCUUGCUAUGGUUCGAACUUGGACAAAUCAAGGUUUCUCUGUUAUGUUCAGGGUGGACAGUUGGAUGGCAUGCAAAUCAUAUGUAGGGGUGCGAAGGAUAAAAGUCCCCCAAAAGAAAUCUCAUGGCGAAUGGUUCCCCAUCGUUUAUUCUUCGCAUAUGCUGAGACAAAAACAUGGGGUCCUGGAGGAAGUGCGUUCCUACGUCCCAAAAGGAAUGAUUGCGAGAAAACUCAUGUAUGCAUGUAUAAAAUAACGCUUGAGCAGUUUAAUGAUAUCUUGCUUCAAGAGAAUGAUAAUAGGGGUAGUGACUUGACGGUUCCUUUAGUUGAUUUAUCUGCUCUAUCCUUUGUGGAAUCUAAUGAAUCAACUCCUUUGGAGGUUAUGAAGGAAACUCGGUAUGGUAAUCUUGUUUGCCUCGGGAAUGUUGAUGGCUGCCCCAUUCUGACUAUAACGUGCUCCCUCUCUGACGUGGAGGACUUCAAAUCCGGCAAGAAGCCGAGGCAAAAGCCAUGCAAGAGGUACAUUGACACAUUGGUGGUCGGUCUCACAAAUGGUUUGGGGAUAUCAGAAGAUGAAGCGCUGGCCUACAUUGAUUAUGUUGCUUCAAGGCCACUAUAAUUUAAAGGGUGUUGUGGGCAUAAGGUUGCAACCUCAAACACCUAAAAUAAGGCGCACCUUUAAAUCUUAUCAUAAGAUGUAAUUUUAGUACAAAAAACUAUUAGGAUGGCUUGAGAAUCUAUUUUCAUAUCUAUUUAUAAAAUUCUAAAUUUCGAAAA